AUGGCCAAACUGCCGCAGGACAUUCACCAGGCCCAGCUGACUCUGCUGCUGGCGGCUGUCAUGGGGUGUUCCCAGGUGCUGGACCAAUCCGUCAGCCUGGCCAGUGAGAGGACGUCCAUAGAGAGGACGUACGAACUGACCAAGUACCUGGACCACCAGCUGAAAGAGAUCAGGGACACUUACCUGUCAUAUUUGGGUCCUCCGUUCAGUGACCGGGACUUUUCUCCUCCAAGGCCGAACAGUUCCUCUCUGUCCCUGCCCAGCGCUGCCACGCGGGUGGACCUGUGGAGGGGUCUGGAGAAUGGUGUCCGGCUGGCGCAGAACCAGCGGGCCUACACCAUACUGCUGUGUGCCGUCAAAGAACUGGCAAGUUCCACCCUGUGCCCUUAUCUCCAGAGCUCUCUCCUCCACUUCUGCUCUGGCCUCAGCGGCCUGCUCGGAGCCAUCUCUGGCCUCAUGAACACACUGGGUUACACCCCGCCCUCUCAUGGCAACAUCCCGCCCCUGCAGGGGACCACACCCAUCAUCUCUGCUGCCCCAGCCCCCAAUGACUUCUCCCGGAAGGUGGAGGGAUUCUGGGUACUGAGAGAACUUCAGAGCUGGUUACAAAGAUCAGCCAAAGAUUUCAACAGACUGAAGAAGAGACUCCGUGCCUGA